CUGACUUUACUCCGAGAGAUUAUCAUUCGAGUUGAUUCAGUUGUGUGCUGUAGUUCGUUACCGAAAGUUGUUCGUGGAGUUAUUUGGUAUUACAAGAUAUGUCAAGCACGAUGCGUGACAGUAUACGACAUCAGUUCGAGCAAGAUGGGUACGUGGUACUGGAAGACUUUCUUCGUGGGCCAGAGUGCGAUGAAUUGGUUGAAGCAGGAAUCGAAUUAACAAAACAAGCAGCUGAGAUAGACCCUAAACCAAUAUUCUCCACAGUCGAUCCAGAGCAAGCGCAACACAAAGAUGCUUACUUUAUGGAGAGUAACGACAAAAUCAGUUAUUUUUUCGAGGCAGACGCCGUAGACUCGGACGGCAAAUUGAAAGUGGAGCCCAGCAUUUCACUUAACAAGGUCGGUCACGCACUACAUCUUUUGCACCCGAUAUUCAGAUGUUACACGUACAGUGAACGAGUGAAGAGAGUGUGCAGAGAGCUUGGUCUUGUGGACCCGGCCGUGGUUCAGAGCAUGUAUAUCUAUAAGAAUCCAGGCAUUGGCGGUGAAGUUAUAGCACAUCAAGAUUCGACUUAUCUUUACACGGAACCAAUUCCCCCAGUCGGCUUUUGGAUUGCACUUCAAGAUGUGACCGUACAGAAUGGUUGCCUAUGGAUUUCUCCUGGCUCGCAUAAAUCCGGCAUUCAUCGACGUCUAAUACGAAACCCGGACAAGGAUUCCAAACAAGCUUUAAUCUAUGAUAGACCUGCACCAGUGUAUCCACAAUCAAGCUUCACCGCUGUACCUGUCCCGAAAGGUACUUGCAUCUUGUUACAUGGUAACGUGGUACACAAAAGUGCCCCAAAUAAAUCAGAUAAGAGCCGUCACGCAUACACCUUCCAUGCAAUAGAAAAGCACCAGAACACAUAUUCUCCAGAUAACUGGUUACAAGAAGGUCCAAAUGCACCCUUUGUAAAUAUAUACACUACAUCUCAAUUAAUGUAAUACGAAUAGUAUAAAUAGUAAGUAUAAAAUAAAGAGUCAAACAUUGGAAUUCACGUUCAAUUCAAUUGUUGAAUGUAACUCUGAUUUCAAAUAUUAUAAUGAAAUAUGUACCAAUAAGAUAUGUACCAAGAAUUGAUUAAAAAAUGUAGACUAUUAAA